AUGAAUGAUAGACAACCUCUGUUAUACGCAUCCAGUAGAUUAUCUUUUGGUGAUGAUGACGAUGAUAAUGGAAAUAAAAACCAACUUUUGAUCAAUAGUUUUUCUGAUUGGCGUCGAUGUUUCAGUAGAAAAGAGAGCGAUAAUAAAUAUGUAAAAUUAGAUGAUGAUACUGAACAUGGUCGCAAACAUCAAGUAGCUGGUACUCUUCGAUUAUUUCGGUUUGCUGACCGUGUUGAUUUUGCUCUCAUGUUCCUUGCUACGUGUUUGGCAGUGCUACAUGUGAUUUGCAUUCUUACUAACUUAGUUAUGUUCGGUCGACUCACAGGAAUAUUUGCUAUUGAAUCAUUUGGUGGUAGUUGUGAUGAUCAACACCAAACGUCAAUAGCUCCAAGUAAUAAUAAUAAUACAUACCCUCAAGAUAUCGAGCUCAAUAUACUAAACAAUGCUCUAUCGCAUAAACUGUUCAAAAAUACUAGUGCAAUUUUGUUAUCAACUUUACCUACAUCGAUGCCUUCAUUUCGAGAAAAAGUUAUACACAUGGUUCACUGGUUAUUCAUUAUUGGUGCUGUUCAAUUUCUGGCUAGCUCGAUUGCAUAUUUCAGUUGGGUCAUUAGUAUAAAACGACAGAUGGCUCGUAUGAGUGUGGCCCUCUUUCGAACACUUGUCCAACGCAGUAUUACUUAUGUGGAUAGCAAUCCGACUAGUCAACUCAAUGCUAAACUAUUUGAAUAUGAAAGAGAAUUGUAUCGAACUCGUUGGAGUAGUAUACGCCAAGGUGCGAUUUUUGGAGUUUUUACUGGUUGGCUAGUUCUGGUAUCCUAUCUAGUUUAUACAGUUGGUUUUAUCUUUGGUUCUCUGCUUAUGAAAAGAAAUGAUUCUCAAACUUUAAGUAUUAGUGAUAUUCUUGUUAUCGUUUCCAUCUUUGCACGAUGUUUCUCUUACUUCAACUUUAUUGGUUCUUACUUUCAAUCAUUUUCAGAAGCUCGUGGUGCAGCAGCAGCAGUGUUUGAGCUUAUUGAUGAGGGAAAUGACACAAGUAUCAAUGAAAUAGAUGUAUGGAAAGAAGAUAGUGAAUCAAUUGAUAACAUUAACGGCGAUAUUGAAUUUGACAAUGUCAACUUCUUUUAUCCUUCUCGAAAAGAUGCACCAGUUCUGCGCAACCUCUCUCUUAUCGCUCGAGCUGGUCAGACAACUGCUCUUGUAGGUUCAAGUGGUUGUGGAAAAAGUACAUGUAUAUCAAUGUUUCUUCGUUAUUAUGAACCUUCAUCAGGUCGAAUUACGAUUAAUGGUCGACCGAUAACAGACUACAAUGUCCAACAACUCCGACAAAAUAUUGCAGUUGUUAGUCAAGAACCUAUUCUGUUUGAUAUGAGUAUUUAUGAAAAUAUUCGUUUUGGUAAAGUAAAUGCAACACGAACAGAUAUUGAACAAGCAGCACGAGAAGCAAAUGCACAUCAUUUCAUUAUGAAAUUACCAGAUAAAUAUGAAACACUUGUUGGUGAACGCGGUAUACAGUUGAGUGGUGGUGAAAAACAACGUAUUGCAUUAGCUCGUGCUCUUGUCAAACAUCCUACAUUUCUUUUACUGGAUGAAGCAACAAGUGCACUCGAUAAUGUUAGUGAAAAACUUGUUCAAGAAGCACUUGAUCGAGCAUGCAAAGGUCGUACAACUAUUGUGAUUGCUCAUCGUUUGACUACAAUUCAGAAUGCUGAUCAAAUAUAUGUAUUAGAUAAUGGAAGUGUAAUUGAACAAGGUAUACAUGAAACAUUGAUGGCAAAAAAUGGAAGUAAAUAUCAAACAAUGGUCAAACGUCAACAAAUCGAAAGAAUUGUUAAUGACGAAGAUGAUGCGAUGAGUAUACAAAAAGCAACAGAAGAGGAAGAAAAGUCAAUAUGUAUGUUAAGAUUCUUCUAA